GAUGCGGGGGUCGGCACCAGCAUUGAUUCAUUUUACGAGUACGUGGAGGUCAACAUGGACGUGGCAGUCGUCGUCUGGCCUCUCUUCAACUCCCUCCAAGCUUUUUGGCCCGGAUUGCAGGUAAUGAUUGGUGACAUUGACCGUGCAGCUCGCUCCCACCGCGCCUUCUUCUCGGUGUGGCGGCGCUACGGUUUCACCCCAGAGGGUUUCAACCUUGCGCAGUCAGCAGUGCAGCCGGGGCAGACGUCGUAUCCUUUAAGGCCAGAGCUGGCAGAGAGCACAUACUGGCUGUACAAGGCCACCAGAGACCCCUUCUACCUGGCCGUUGGGAGGGACAUGGUUGCUAGCCUGGCGCUGACGCGCUGCCGAUGUGGCUACUGCCACGUCAGCGACGUCGAGACACAUGCCUUGGACGACCACAUGGAGAGCUUCUUCCUCUCGGAAACUGUCAAGUACCUCUAUCUGCUCUUUGACUUGGCGUUGGGUGGGGAUAACAUCAUGGACAACGGCCCAUACCAGUAUGUACUAACAACGGAGGGACAUCUUCUCCCUCUGACUCCCGAGAUCUCCUUCCCCUCAGAGCACUGCUCCUACCUCAACAGCUUCUGUGCUCCUCCCCAGGCCAGCAGUUGCCGGGUUCAAGAGAGCGGUACUGGAGAGGGUGUUGUGGGGGAAGGCGCAGCAGGGGAAGGGAGUGAGUGGUUGGGAGAGGUGGAGGGGGAUGAGGAGGGAGAGGGAGAGGGUAAGGUGGGAGAGGGGGAAGAGAGGGGUGGGGAGGAAUGGAGGAAUGGAGGGGCUGCAAGGGAGGAGGGAGGCAGCACUGGUGGUGCUGCUGCUGCUGGAGAUGCCACAGGCCGUGCUGAUAAGGCUGAAGGAAUGGAGAUGGGAAUGAGUGGGGAUAGACAGAAGGAGCAGGAGGAGAUCAAUCCAAAUGUGGAAGUAAUUGCUAAAGGGAAGACAUGGGUACUGACUCGUAAUAAAGGGAUAGAAAAGACAGAUUCUUCAAGCACUCUCUCAGGGUCACCCUCUGCUGCUGAUCCUCACUCAAGCAGCAUUGACAGCAGUAGCAGUGCUGCUGGCCCUGGCACUACCAGUGGCAGUGCUAGUGGAAGUGGUGGUGCUAUAGAAGAUGAUGGGGAGGAGGAGGCAGAGGAGGAGGAGGUGGAGGAGGAGGAUGAGGACGAGGAAGAGGAGGAGAGUGAGGGGGUCAUGGGAGGCCAGCAUGGGAAGAGGAAAGGCGUACAUGACAUGUCAGAACAGUUUGAUACAUACAGAGAUCUACAGGUGCGUGAUUCAAUGCAACCCUUGUGCUUUGAGUCGACUCAAAACACGGAAAGGUGUGCAUGA